GAAAGAGAUUAGGUUCUGGCCUUCUGGGUCCUCCCUCAAGGUCUUUUCUUCUUUCUUUUAAUUUUUGAGGAGAGAGAAACUGCAAACAAAUUAUAAAAGUGGUAGUAGAAGGAAACAGGGAACAGUAGUGUCUUUGUUUCUUCAUUAUUCUCCCCCACAAUCCCACCAAAAUUUAAAAUAAAAAUUUUGGGGUUUUCUUUCUUCUUUUUCCAUUUCUAGGGUUUUUAUUAUCGAUCUCUAUAUCUUCAAUUUCUGGGUAACCUGUACCGAAUCGAAAGCUCUGGAUUGAUUAAUUAAUAUUUCCCAGACGAGACGAAUUGAUUGAUUGAAGAUGGUGAGAGGGAAAACACAAAUGAAGAGGAUUGAGAAUGAUUCAAGCAGACAAGUGACUUUCUCAAAGAGGAGAAAUGGGUUGCUGAAAAAAGCUUUUGAGCUUUCUGUUCUUUGUGAUGCUGAAGUUGCACUUAUUAUUUUCUCUCCCACUGGUAAACUCUAUGAGUUUGCUAGCUCAAGUACAAGCAGGACAAUCGAUCGAUAUCAAAAACAUAUGAAGGAGCUGCGUGGUGUGAAGAGCAAAGUGUCGGACAGAAACAUGCUGCAAUUCAAGGAAGAUGCUAAUGAACUUGAGAAGAAGCUAAAGAGCCUCGAACUUUCUAAAAGGAGGUUACUUGGAGAUAGUCUAGAAUCGUGUUCCAUUGAUGAGCUUCAAGAUCUUGAAAAACAGUUGGAUAAAAGCCUUUCCACUAUCAGAGCUAAAAAGAAUGCCUUGUUCAAAGUGCAGAUUGACAAGUUGUAUGAAGAGGAGAAGCUCUUGCUCAAAGAGAAUGCUCGGCUGAAAGAGAAGCUUCAGAAUUCAUUACCAGUUCCGCUAAGCGUACGACAACCAACAGAUGAUGAUCAGAGGAACAACGUGCAAGACGACGUAGAAACCGAGCUGUUUAUAGGUCUACCGGAAAGCAGAAAUAGUCGAUGUCUUCCAUAGACAGACAUAAUUAAUUUGACGAAUUUUUACUAUAACAAAAUGAUUUGGCUCGAUCUGUAUGUUACGUUUCUCAUUUACUUACAUUACAUCAUCAAGUGUAUGUCUCAAGUCUCAAGUCUCAAGUCUCAAGUCUCAAGUGUCAAGUAGUGAAGUCUGAAGUCUGAAGUUAGGUUGUGAACUUUGAAAAUCAUGAUCAUUUCUACUUUGUGGGGUUUGGCUGGUAAAUAAUAAUGUAUUCCAGGAGAAAUGCAUGUGCUAUAGAGUGAAAGAGAUGAAUAUGUUGGUUGUAUGUUAUUGGUCUGUUGUAAUACUUCACUAAUUAUUGUACAAUUUCACUGUCCAGUACGUUAACUUUGCUUA